AUGCUGUUCCUGGUGCUGUUCCUGAUGCUGUUCCUGGUGCUGUUCCUGGUGCUGUUCCUGAUGCUGUUCCUGGGGCUGUUCCUGGUGCUGUUCCUGGUACUGUUGCUGGUGCUGUUCCCGGUACUGUUCCUGAUGCUGUUGCCUGUUCCUGACUGUUCCUGGUGCUGUUCUGAUGUUGUUCCUGGUGCUGUUCUGGUACUGUUCCUGGUGCUGUUCCCGGUACCGUUCCUAAUGCUGUUGCUGGUGCUGCUCCUGAUGCUGUUGCUGAUGCUGGUGCUGUUCCUGAUGUUGUUUCCGGUACUGUUCCUGAUGCUGUUGCUGGUGCUGGUGCUGUUCCUGAUGCUGUUCCUGGUGCUGACUCUACCAGGCUUUCCUCGCUUCUCAAAUGUCGUCUUUAUGGAAACUCGUAGACUUUUUCUUGUGGUCUACUUGAGUCAGUCUUUCAUUACAUUGUGA